UUUAAUCUACAAAAUAAAAGUCACCGGAAGUUGGUUCUCCGUUUGUAAACACAUGGCCUGUAGCUGUCGCAGGCUGACGCUCAAUCAUGCCAAAACUCUUUGACUUAAAGUUCCCGGGAGGAUGUAAGACUCUUCCCGAGGGCUUCUGGUCGGCCGUGGACGUGUGGAUAAAGAAACCUCACGUCGUCAACAAGCGUCUGUGCGGCGUUACGGAGACGGAGGGUGAAGAUGUGGACCGAGAGGCUCUGCGGUUCCUGCUGCAUGAGCCUCAACUCUCCCACCAGGUGUUCUCCUUCCUCACCUGCGGGGUUACACCUGCGCAGACGCACGACAAGGACAAACCCUGGUCUCACAGUGUCAGAACAAUCGUCCCUAAAGUCAACUGUUACGGGACAAACGUGCACAGAGAGGUUGUACUCAAAGACUUUGGGAGACAACAAGUCACCUUUCUUCCGUUUGAAGAGGAUUCAGAGGGGCAGGUGUCUCUAAAGAGGGGCAACAUUUAUCAGAUUCAGCUCCUCCAUCGGGACUGUGAGACAUGGGCCUUGGAGCUGCAUGCGCUGACUCCAGACGCGUGGUUCUCUGAUGGCGUGGCAUACCCGAAGCUGCCCUGGCUGUCCACCGACCUGCUGCCUAAGCUGGUGCGCUGGGCCACCGAGUGCAGGAGCAGCGAGUUCAGGAGCACCUUGUCUCUGCUGCCGGUGCAGAAAUACAGCGUCAUGUACCAGCAGCUGAAGGAGAAGUACAAGGCCAUGGUCAAGGUUUGGCCUGAGGUUACAGAUCCUGAGAAGUUUGUCUAUGAGGAUGUUGCCAUAGCUACAUAUCUCCUUGUGCUGUGGGCUGAGGAGCGAGCAGAGAAAGGUCUGACUGCGAGACAGUCUUUUGUGGACCUGGGCUGUGGAAACGGCCUCCUGGUUCACAUACUGACCAAUGAAGGGCAUCCUGGAAAGGGCAUCGAUGUUCGGAAGAGGAAGAUCUGGGACAUGUACGGCCCCCAGACUCUGCUAGAGGAAAAGGCAAUUACUCCCAGCGAGAGCUUCUUAUUCCCGGGUACGGACUGGCUGAUUGGGAACCACUCAGACGAGCUCACACCGUGGAUCCCCGUUAUAGCAGCCAGGUCUUCUUACUCCUGCCGGUACUUCGUCCUCCCCUGCUGUUUCUUCGACUUCUAUGGAAAAUACCAGAGACGCCAGUGUAAGAAGUCUCAGUAUAAGGAAUACAUCGACUUCAUCGCCGAGGUCAGUCGAGUCAGCGGGUUCGAAACAGAGGAGGACUGCCUGAGAAUACCAUCCACCAAACGGGUGUGUCUGGUGGGAAAGUCGAGAAACUACCAGCUACCCGACGAGGCGGAGGCAGAGCAGCGGAGAGCUUAUUAUGUCGAAAGCCGCCAGACCACCACUGGGGUCACAGUUCAAGGGUCAGACAUCAGAAAUGAUGGGAGCUAUUGCCAUGGGAACAGAGACACUGAUAGGACCCCCGGGACCAGCUGGGGAGCCGGGUUCCAGCCCAGAGACAGGGUUGAAACGGUUCGAAACUGCGCCAGUCUCCCGAGGGACUUUGUCGACGGUGUAGUCCUGCAGGUUGCUAAUGUGCUUCUGGGAAUGACUGAGGAUGACAGCAGGGGGUCCUCCAGCGACUGGAACCGAGGAGGCAGCCUCUCGGUGAGCGAGGUCGCCGGGCUGUUGGAGCAGGAAACCCUGCAGCUGCUGAAGAAGGAGUGCGGAGGCCUGCAGACGCUGCUUAAGAACAACCACCAAGUCUUUCGAGUGGAAGGAGGGAGGGUGUACAUAAGAGACUGGCGGGACAGGAAGUCCUCCAGGGCGGAUACCAAACGGAAGCCCGUUGCCCCCGGUGCCAUGAAAACUCGUCCCUGCUGGUUUUACGACCACCACCCUCAGCGCUGCCCCCUGCAGGCUGAACACUGUGCCUUCGCCCACGGACCUGAUGACCUCCGACCCUCAACGAGACCUCUGAAGAAGAUAAAAAACGACGCCUUUCAGUUUUGAUCAUUCCUCCUGAACACUCUAAUUCAACUAAUUUGUUUAGUUGAUUUUUAAAUGAACCACUUUUCUAAUUACCAGCAUUCAGUGGGUCCAUCAGCGGUUUAACCUGCUGUGAAACGUCCCCUCAUUGAUCCCUGCAGCCUCAAAGAGGAAGAAGUUCAGGUGCAGGCAGUUUUAUUAAUGCGGCGUUGCAUCAUUUCAGCGUCUUCUUUCAUCUGUUUGAUGCCUCCUGGUGCAGCUGUAGGUUUCACUGCUGGAGCUCGCUCACCUCGAGGUUAUGUUGCCUGCUGAAAUUUAAUUUCAGGGGAUUAUUUUUUCUGUCUUUUUAUUUAUUUAAGAAGUGGACUUGAGGAGUAAAGCUCAGAAAAUUGUAGACUUCCUGUAUAUUAAAUGUAAUUUCAAGCUA